GCAAGUCCUAUUUGAAGGGACUCAACACAGUGAACCAUCGCAGAGUUGUGCCAAUAUGAAAGGACACAGCUGAGGACAUUUAUUGGACAUGGUACACACUCUACUGGGUUCUUCAUUGUAAUACAGUAUGCACUAGCUGUCUUCAGUGACUACAGCCCUGCUAUAGGUUGAUUUUGUGCGGUGGUUGGAGGCUACAUGGCUUCAGGUGGAGCAGAGGAAGACGAUGGAGGCAUUCCAUUGGACAUUGACAACGUGCACAUGCUCCUCCAAGUGGAGCACGAACAGAUUCAGAAAAGAACGUUCACCAACUGGAUAAAUGCUCAACUUGCCAAGAGAUGCCCGCCCUCAUUUGUGUCAGACCUCUUCUCUGACUUCAGAGAUGGGUCACAGCUGCUUGACCUGUUGGAGGCGAUGAGUGGCCAACCUAUGAAAAGACAAAGGGGCCGAGGGGUUUUCCAGCAGAGGGCCAACAUUGAGACAGCACUGAACUUUCUCAGGAAAAAAUCUAUCAAAAUGGUGAAUAUAAACAUCCCAGAUAUCAUAGAUGGACGGCCCUCCAUCAUCCUCGGACUCAUAUGGACCAUCAUCCUCCACUGUCAUAUUGAGGAGCUGGCCAGCACUCUCUCCUACAGUUCUUGUCAUUCCUCGCUCGACUCUCUGGCCAGCCUGGACUCCUGGUCUGGCAGCCCACUUCCAGCUAGUCCAGUCCCUGCAGGUCGGACGUCGCCUCUCCACAAACGCUUCCGAAUAUCAGCCAAGAAGGCCCUGCUCAUGUGGGUCAGGGACCAAUGCCAAAAGGUUGGUUGCUCCGUCAGUGUAAAGAACUUUAAGUCGAGCUGGAGAAGUGGAGAGGCCUUCUUGGCCAUCCUGUGCUCUCUCAGACCACAGCUGGCGGAUCUCUCACUGGUCCAGUCCAGAAGCAACCAGGAGAAUCUGGAGGAGGCGUUUCACCUGGCCGAGAGGGAGCUGCACAUCCCCCGCCUGCUGGAUCCCCAGGAUGUGGAUGUUAGAGACCCUGAUGAGAAGUCCAUUAUGACUUAUGUGGCCCAGUUUCUUCAGUACUCCAACGACAUGCCGGCACCUGAUGACCAUCUGCAGCUGUUUCCUCUGGUGCAGCCCUUUUCUCUCUCACCUGUGAACUUGCCCGCUCACUUCACUCCAGCAAUUGCUGUCUCACCGUUACGUCAGGUCUCUCCAAGUGAGCGAGCGCUAGAGGUGACUUGCUGGCUGCAGCAAGCCUACGAGGAACUGUCAGAGGCACGGACGGCUACAGAGAAAUCAAGCUUUGCAGAAAAGUACCAUGUGUUUCAGAACUGCGCUGGCUCCUUCACUGAGCAAAGGAGACCAGUGAUGACCCUCCUUGCUUCCAUAAGACGCUGCCCUGAGCUGAGCCAAGAGCAGCGCGCUCUCAGGACAGCGUGGGAUUGUCUGGAAACGGAGCUGCAGAGAUGUAAAGCAGACCUGGACUCGAGCCUUCCUCCUCCUCUGGACUCAGUCGUCGCGUGGCUGCAGCGUGCGGAGGCAGCGCUAACAGAAGAGGGAGGAGGAGUGAAAGAUCACGCACAUGCUGCCAAAGAAGCGAGAGCUCAACAAGACACGCAAAAGACUUUAUUUAAGGAGAUGAGCCACCACGUCAAUAUCCUUGAUACCUACCACAACGUGGAUGACUCCGGGAACGUAGUAGUGCCCCUUGAAAAGUUUGAUGAGAUAAAAAGACGCUUAACCAAUAUCCGAGUCACAGCCAAAUAUCAAGGGAUCAAGUUGGAACACCAGGAAUCCCGUCACACUGUACUGGAUCUCCUCGGCCGCAUCAACGCUAAGGUUCAGACCUGGAAAGCUCCCUACAGUUCCCAAGAGGCAGUGCUUCUGCUUCUGCAGGACUGGCAUGAAACAGUGGAGCGCCAAGGCCUGCUUUUAAUUCUGAUGGAUGCUCUUCAAACCCUGAAGGAGAAAGCGAAUGCUUACACCAGCAAGGCAGCGCUAGGUGAAGAUUCCCAUCUUGUUACACGUCAGGUGAAGGAAGCAGAAAGCGAAGCUGAACUGCUCGCACAGGCUGUGGCGGCUGUGAGAGGGACGAUGGAGAGAGUGUUUUCUGCGUGGGAGACUUACAGCCAGUGCCUAACUUCUCUACAGACAUGGCUGGCACAGAAGAUACAUUUGCACGCUCCGUCUCUUGCCGUGGAGACUGAGGACAUGAGUGAGUGGACAUCAUGUCAGGCUAAGUUAAACGAGGCGGGGAACUUGCUCAUUGAAGUGGCAGAAUCUUCAACCAGCCUCGCUCUGGCCGAGCAACUCAGCAAGGUCAACAUGCAGUGGGCCGAAUGCAUGAAGAGGACAAUGUUUGAAGUGUCGUCGGAGCCUAGUGUUGGUCCUCUGUGUCUUCAAACGGUGCAUUCGCUGACCCAGGAGGCCAGCUGGCUACUGAAGCAGCCACUGGAGGUGGCCUCAGUCCCACUGAAGGCUUACAGGCAAAAACUACAGCUACUGAGUAAAAAGAUGGCCGAGGUGGACCUUUCCUCUCUCGGUCCAUCGCCGGACUUUCAAACAAGCCAAACAGAGGACCUGCAGCAAACUCUCCCACAGAGGCUUGCUGAAGCAGAGCGGAACUGUGGAGAGCUGCAGCGGGCUGUGUCCAGGCUGGAGGGCCGUCUGGCUGAGCUGGACCACUGGAGCACAGAGGCUCUGGACUGUUACCAGCACCUGAAGGAGAAAAAGCACAGAGGGCGCUCUGCAUUGGAGCCUACAGCCAAAGUGCUGAUCACUCGAGGGUUGCAGCUGGAGAAUCAGGUUGUAACUGAGGGACAGGAUCUGCCGGCCCUUGUGACACGAGUACAGAAAACCUCUCCUCUGCAGAACCUCAGUACCUCUGCUAUGCAGGACAGGACCUCAGACGCGGUCUCCCACUGCCAGGAGAUUCUUGGAAUGUUUAGUUCCCUUGGGUUUCUGCGACAUGUUGAAACAGCCCAUCAGACACAGAGACAGCCAGAGGCAGGCUUAUUUGUUGUGGCCAGAACCAAACAUGUAGACCCGAUUGGGAAUGUUAUGCUGCAAAGCCAGGACCCGAACCAGGCAUCACCUCAGAUUCCACCUCAGAUGCCUCGACGAAGGACAAGAGAUCUCCAGGGUCGGCCUAAAACCCAGCACGCGAACACACAGGAUGAACCAGCCAUUGUUAUACCACAUGUUAAAAUCCAAAUGCUGCCUCAGCCGUUGAGGCGACCGGUACCUUAUAUUCACGCUCCUCUUGCUCAAACUGUAAAAGAAGCAGAAUCUGAGCCCAUGAUCCAGCCUCAGUCAUUUUCCAUAUCCCACGCUCAAGCUUUAAGUCGGAGUCAAAAUGACCAACUUCUACCUGCUUUGACCCAAACUCCUGUUGGACCAAAGUGUCCAGAAAGUCCAGUUCUGUCUAAACACGUAACAAGUCCAGUCCCAGAGAGUGUUAAAACAUCUCCACAGCCACCGGUUAUGGUCCGCAUUGAAGUUCAUUCAAAAGCCCAUUCAAUGGCGAGGAGCAGACUGGAGAAGGCCAGGUUUCAUCUGCAAGGACGCAUCCAGCAGGCCAUCAAGUUAUUUGGUGGCAAAGCGAUUUCAGAGUCACAAGCCAAGAGGAAACAGAGGGCUUUAAAGAUUCUGCAGCCUGCCGUCCUCGAUGAGUUCCUGGGUGCUGUGGAGUGUUUGGGGACCUUUUGCACUGGGCCCCAACUCCAGGACUUGAUGCUCCUCUCUGACUCAGUCAGAAAGCAGUGGGAGGAUGUACGCAGUGAAAUGGCGGCCUUUGUUCCUAUCUUGUGGUCUAUGAUCAGAGAGGGAAAGCGGUCAUUUUAUGUUGUGCAAUGUGAAACGCAAACUAACGCUCUGCACGAAGCCACUGACCAGACUGACCAUGACUCUUUGCCGCAGCGACAGGUUGUCAUGGACGGAACUGCAUCUGUUGACGUCGAAUCACUGCAAGAGCUGUGUGAAACACUCACACCAGGGAAAUCCUCCCGCCAACCAACAGACCAACUGAGGGAGUCCGAUGAAGAACAGGAAUCCAGGGACACAGUGCUCCCAUCUGACUUGGGACGGCAGCUCCGGGGAACCACCCCGCUGAGAGCGACUGGCGCGUCGGCCGACAUCCUCCCACAGAAACAAAGCGUGGAUAGCCCACAACAAGACCUCUCACCUGUGUGUGGUGCUGUGUCAGUGCAGCCUUGUGGCGAUGUCCUCCAAGUGCGUGCUCGGGAGGUCCCAACACAGAGUGGAGAUGACCCCACACAACGUAAAGGCUGUGGCCCGGGGGGAAAACUGAAGCCCUCACUUCGAGUCAAAGAGCAGCCGCAGAAAGCUCGCCUGCUGCACAUCACAGAGAGCAACCAGCAAACCCAAACUCAUAUACAGGCGGUUGUCAGGGGCGACACUGUGGAGACCAAACAGGAGGCAGAGUGGACCGUCAUCCCAGAGACAGCCGCCCCACCGCAGGAAGAGCACUCCCCUGAAAAGGAAGUACUGGAAAGGAUGACAUCUCUAGAGAAAGCUGCUGUCCUAAUGGAGUCUGCAGAUGAUCAGAUGGCACUGAUCACAGAAAAACUGGAGCGGAUCAUCAGAGAGUCUGUGGACAUCUCCUCCUUUACCUUGGCUGAUCCAAGACUGGUCUCUGAUUUAAAGGAGGUGGAUGAUAGACUGCGGUCUGAAAUGAGAAAGCUAUCAGAAAUAGGAGCAGAAGAGGAAAGACAAGGGCCCCAUGCCGCAUCCCCUUCAUCCCUCUGCCAGGCUCUCCACAACGGUGUCCAUCAUCUUGAGCAGCUCAGACAGCGGCUGGAGAAGGUUCAGCCUGCUGCCCAUGCUCUGCAGCACUUCCUGGCCAUAGUGAGGGAAGUCAAGGCCGAGAUCACAACCCUGCUGGCCAACCAGGACCCCAGCAGACAGCAGAAUGAGGCAGACUGGGAGCAGGAGAGACAGUCUUGGCAGGCAGCAAUACAACAGAGGUUGCAGACUGCUGCAGAGCAAUCAGAUAGUGUUGACAGCACUUUAAAGGCAGCGGGGAUGACUCUGACUAUGGAUGGUGCAACAGUGACAUGCCAGGAUGUGGUGACAUCAUUGUCCCAGCAGGCUGUGGAUGUCGAGAAAGAGGUGACGAGAGCCAGGAAGAAGGGCAGAAAACAUGAGUUAUUUCCAGUAGGAAGGGAGCAAAUCCAGGAGUUGAAUCCUAUGGAGAUACAUCAGACAAAGACUGGGGAUGAUUCAACACAGGAGAGGGGAGCACAGGAGCAGGAGCAUCCCACUCCAAGUAGGACGGAAGAGGAGGCAGGGUUGAAGGCCAAAAGGAGUAGGCUGGAAGGAGAUAAUGAUACAAAGACACAAAGGGAAGAGGAGCACAAGGCUCAAACAUGGAAGUCUGAAGGGGAUGUCGUAAAAGCCAAGGACCAGAGAAGAGGAAGAAGCAGCCAGGUUAAGAAAGAGGGAGAAGAGAAGGAGAGUUUGGUCCAGAGGAGAGUUGUCUUGUUAUGCUCUCUGAAGGAGAUAAGGGAAGCAGCUGAGCAGCUGAGGUUACAGGAGCCCACCCUGCCUGCUCUGCAACACAGGACACGUGCACUGACAGAGCUGGAAAGUCGCCUUGCUGGCCGCCUGGCUGAGCUGCAGCACAUACAAGCUGCAUCUUCACAGUCAGGAAUACCUGAUGUGAGUCAAACCAGAGAGGUGGAGGGUGUCUGGGAGGAGGCCACAAAAGCUGUAACUGAACGGCUGGAGCGGUGCUAUGCCUUAACAGAGCUGCUGAAGAGGUUUCAGAGCAUCCGUGGGGAGCUGAGUGGGACACUGCAGAGGGCAGAAAGCACCAUCAGUGAACAAGCCUCCUACAUGGGGAAAGACAACCUGCAGAGACUGCACACUAAGGUCCAAGAAAUAAAAGCAGAGCUGACUGGUCUCGGAGACGGCAUAGAGGAGGUCCGUAUUGUCUGCAGGCAGCUUCACACUCAUCUACGCCAGAUCCCAGAAUGCACCAUCAUUCCAUUUGAGGAUGAAGCAGAUGCUAUUAUGGACCGCUGGCUGGAUAUAUCAGAAAGAACAGAUUCCCACCUUGAAAACCUACGCAUUGGCCUGACUUUGUGGGAUGGGGUCCUCCAGCUGGGAACAGAGGUGGAGAGCUGGGCGGCCAAUAAACUCGCAGUAUUUGCUCAGUCUCCAUCCUUUCAGACGGAGGACAAUAUCAGGGCCUUGGAGAAUGAGAUUGCGAACCAAGAGGAGAAUAUGGAGCGUUUCCACCGAAGAGUCACUGAGAUUCAGGCGCAUCUUCAAAGCACAGAGCCCCCUCUGGAGCUGCAGGUUGUGGAGACCCAGAUGAGGAAGAAGAUAGAGCAGCUAAAGGAGCUUGUUUCUGAAGCUGAGGAUGUUAACAGGCAGAUGGUGGCUGCUAAGGGACAAAUUACUGCCAGGAUGGCUGAAUGCUUUAACUCCCUCCAGAAGAUUCAGGACUCCCUCCUCACUCUCAGUGGUUCAGAUGUUGCAACAGUCCUUGCUAAACUCAAGGAUCUACUUUUUGAGCUCCAGACGCAGGAUGAGCAAGCAGAGAGUCUGCUGGAGGAUCUGCAUGUUAUGGCCUCCAUAGCGAGUCCAGCCAGCCUACAGAAUCUGUCUGUGGACGGGGCUCUGCUGCAGGAUAAAGUCAGAAACACCCACCAGCUCUUCUCUGAGGUGGAAGAACAGACUGGGAGGAAUAUACAGGCUCUGGACAGGCUGCAAAGGGAAGGUGAGCAUUUGGAACAAUGGUUGCAAGGUGUUGAGGGAAAAGCAGCAAACGAGGAGGAUCUCAGUCUCCUGCAAGAGGAAGCACUUCAACAAAGGGUGAGGACGGAGGCCCUCUAUCAGCUUGUGUCAUCCUUACGAAGCAGCACACUUCAGCAGUCUGCUGUGGUGGAGGAGAGCAGAAAACUGCUGGAACGAUACCGCAACUUUCAAAGCAACGUACUGCGUGGGGCCAGGGAGAAGCAGAGCUCUCUGAGCAUGGACGUCGAGGUGUUUCAGACUCUUUUAAAGUCCACUCAAUCCUGGGUUGGAGAUCUGAGACGAGCUGUUGACUCUCCACUUGGUGAAAACCUCGGUAUCCAGAGUCCCACAGAGCAGAGACUUCACAGUGCUCGGGCUGUGGUAAGUGUGACGGCAGAGGGGGAGGCUCGCCUUGAAGAGCUCAGAGUUACUGGAAAUUGUCUGUGCCACAGACUGUGUGAUGGAGACGACCUGAAACAGGACAUUCAGGAAAGCAUUCAGAAAACACAGGAGCAGUGGAGAGACCUUCUCCAGUCAGUUCAGCCUUAUCACAGUGUUCUACAAGCUGAUCCAGACCUCACCUCCUCCUACCUGGCCCGAAGACAGCAGGCCUGCCGCAGAGUGGAGGAGCUGCAGCACAGAACUGCUCAGCUCCCCACUUUAUUCCCCUGGCCCGGCUCCUCUGAGCGCAGGCAGAUCUUCCUUCUAGCCCGUCAACUGCAGGAUGAGGCUGAAACCCUGCAAGUAACUCUUACCAGCCUGGCUGAACAAAGGAGGGAGCCGGGUGCACGAACCUGCGACGCCAUCUGGAAAGAUCCCUCCUCGGCUGAGCUGGAGACCCGCUGGUCAUCACUGAUGGAUGAGCUGAAGGGUGUGUGUUCCCGCCUCGAUGAAGGUGUGUGUAUUGAGGAACACUUUGGCCAGUCACUGCAGGACUGCAGCUAUAAAUUGACAUCCCUGCAGGAAAGAAUGUCAGCCUGUCAAACCCAGAAAGAAAGCUCAGCUGGACUGGUCACUGAUGUACCAGCUCUGAAGGCUUUGCUACAAGAAGUAACCGACAUAGAAAAGGACCUUUUACAAAUUGUAACGCUCCAGGACUCCAUCAAAGCCAGUUCCACAGCUGAGGCCGAGGCCAGCCUCUCCCAGCAAGUCGGCAACCUCCAAAACCACAAGAGGGCACUAGACAAUAGCAUCAGAGAACAUCUGGCACUGCUCACAGAAAACAGCAACCAGAGAGUUCAACGAGUGAAGGAAGAGGUCACCAGUGUACAAACGGCUCUGAAAGAUCUGACGGAAAAUCUGUGUGGGAUCCGUGAAGUGUUGCCUGAUAUCAGCCAGCUCAAACAGCAGUGGCAUACAAUACAGGAUUGUGAUACCAGGCUGACAGAGUUGGCUGCAAGAGUUUACGACCUGCGGAGGACUGGAGAUUUGAGCAUCGCGCAAGAAAUGCUUCCUGCAGAUGUCACUUUAACUGUUGAUGCAGUUGCUAAAGACCUCGACGGCCUCAUGACCACUUUUCUACAAAGGAAGCAGGAGUUUGCCGAAAACACUGCCAACAGGGUGAGACAGGUCAUCAACCAGCUGCAGAAUUGGAGCCAAACAGUACAAGCUGAACCAACAUCCCCCAGCCAGACAGCUCUGGAUGAGGGUUUGUGGCUUCAACAAGGUCUUCGUGAAGUGCUCACAGAAUGUGAUUUUCUUCUCAAUUGCCUGGGAGCAAAAGUGACAAAGAAACUGGAGAAAAGUGCUUCAGAUGCUCUCAGUGAAAGUACACCUGCACUCGAAAACCUAUCUAAAUGCCUGGUUUCACAGAUGAGUAAAGUUCAUUCUGAAGUGGAGUUGGACAAAUAUUUGUCAGGCAGAGUUGUUGAAGAAACUUUUAGAAGUGAAAGUGACGCACCUUGUUUAGCUUCACCAGAUGGAACUGCGGCCAUGUUUCCUCCUGCUUCUCCGUCAGUAAUAAACAGCGAGGAAAACUCUGAAAGUGAUCAGAACGACAACACAAUUAAAACCAAAGGUACUUUGGAAACAGCCAAAGAAGAGGUCCAGAAUCAAUUCUCAUGUGCAGAAAUUACAGAUGUUUUCAAAUCACAACAGUUAACAUCAACUCCACCAAAAAUAAACUUGAGGACUCACUUUGUGCCAAAAGAUGAUACUGGCACAUUGAACACUGAGAGCAAUCCUUUAAGCAGUGGGCACAAGAUAGUUUCUGGAAAUAAGACUUUAAUCACUCAUAACAAGAGUUUAAUAGAUCGGCAAGACAACACUGAACCAUUGCAGGAAGACAUUACCUCAACCCAGGACUCCGAAUUAUCCGCUAUAAGGACAGAUAUUGUCACACCCCUGGUUGGAUCCCCAACGACAAAGCUUGACAACGUCCCUCUUUCUACACCUGAAAAUGUGUCUGAACAUCUAGCAGCACAAUCAGAGACAUUUAAGGCAGUUAGCGAUUCUCUGGAACAAGAGAAACGCUGUGAGGACCUCAGUGCAACCCCAAAGAAAGUGUUUUCAAUAAUGUUGGACAUGGAGCCACAGGACAUGCAGACAAAUGAAAAUGUUGCUGCCGACGCACUCAGGCGUUCUCACGGAGCAGAGCUUUGUGAUGAAAAGGUUAGAUACGUUUCAAGUAAAGGAUUUCCUGAGGAGAAAUCUGGACUCUCUAUCAGUCCAGAAUCAGACAAAACAGACUUGAAAAGCCUUCAUCUAGCAGCACAAUCAAAGACACGUAAGGCAGUUCCUGAUGCUCGAGAAACCGAGAAAUCCCGCGAGGAUAUCAGUGCGCUCCCAGAUAAAGUGUUUACAAUAGUGUUGGACCUGGAGCUACCUGAGGUCCAGCCACAGGAUGGUGUUGGAACCAGAAGUCCAGAUGUACUCAGAUGUUCACAGAGGGCAGAGCUUUGUGAUUCACAGCUCACAGAAGCUUCAAGUAUUCCUGAACUCUUUACAACAUUAUCGAGUCCUGAAUCAGAUGAGACAGACUUGAAAAGCCAUUAUUUAAAGAGCUGCGUCUUAAACGAUUCUCAAGUGGCGGACUCACUGCCAGAAUACCCCUUGGCAUUAGUUAGUACAGAAUUGGAGGAGGUUGAGUCUACAAGUGCCAAAUUAUCAUGCAAAGAAAAGUCAGAAAGCCAUGAAUUAAUGCACAAUGAGCUGUUGAAUUCCUCCGAAUCAUGUGGCACUGUUGCUGAAUGUCAGCUCACCGGCGCAGCAGGAACAACAUUUCUGUACAUCAAACAAGAGGAGACGACGGAUUUCUGUCACACUAAAGAGCAAACAAUGAGCUCAGUCUUGUGCCCUGUGGAGAGAGAUGCCUUAACUGAAACACAAAUACCUGCUAAACAGCUGACUGUUGCUGACACUGCACAGAGCACAGGUUCAGGGCAGUUGGAGAUAGCAGAGGGGGACACAACAGAAGAAGCAUGUGACCCUGAACGCCCCAAGUCCAAACUUUCAAAAGUGCCAGAAAGACGAAACAAAGCUACGCUGCUAUUUGAAGAAAGUAAAUGGAAGGUACCUGCAUCGCUGGAGGACACAGAGGUGACACAGAGACAGCGUCAGAUCCGAGAAAGCAUGGAGCCUGAGAGGACAGCGCCGGGCUUGACAGCUGAUCUGCGGGCCGGGGAGGCGACAGGUGGAUCACCAGAGUCCUACAAACACAAGUCCACCAUGCAGGAGGUUUUGUCUGAGAUCCAGAGCUUGGUGGAAAGAAGUAACAUUAUAAAUCGGACCCCACACAUUGAUUUGAAUUGGUACCUGAAGUCCUCUCCGUGUGAACCAGAGAUUCGAUUGGUACGAACUGUCCAAAAAGUUCUGGCAUGUCGUUAUCAACCAGCACAACUUGAUGUCAAUGCAGUGGCCAAACAACUGAACGAGGCAGAGGAGUACAGGCGCUGUGUGCAGGAGCAAGUGGCUACUAUGAAAAGCGUGAGUGGUGCCAGCAUUUGUGACCCUGAUGCCUUGAAAAGACUUGAGGGACAGUGGAGUGCUGCACAGCUGGAUGCCUCUGCCACCGUGCAGGUGAAAGCAGCACAGCUGGAUCAGGUCAAACAGUAUCACAAACAGAUGAAGAUCACCAGAGCUUUCAUGGAGGUUGUAGCAGCUGAGAAGGACAAGAUGAGCUUAAGUACUUUGGGAAGCAGCGCUCUUCAAGCUAACAAACUCCACGCCCUGCUGCAAACCAUGGUACAGAAAAAAGACAUGAUGGAAGAGCUCCUCCACUUAAGUAGUCAAUUGUCAGUCCACUUGUGCGACGCUGAGAGUUCAGGCGCUCUUCUCGCCCAGCUUGGAGAUGUCCAGGAGGAAUGGAGGCUUUUAGAAGGAAGCAUCAAAAGAGCUCUGCAGCACGCCUCAAACUCCACCUCUCAGUCCUCCCUUCUAAUAAAAGAGGCCGAACUGCUUAAAGCCAAGGUCGAAGCUCUUCGGGAAUCCACCUUUCAAAGCCAUGACAGCAAAAGUGCUUUCGAAUACGUUUGUCUGACCACAGACCUAAAACUGUACAACCAGCUUUAUCUGCACUUACAGUCCCAGUCAGAUGGUCUUGUCCAUUUCUCUCUGGGUCAGAAAGAGAAGGAUGAGAUCAAACGUAGUCUUCAGGAACUGGAGUCCCUGCUAAAAGUCAUCAAGAGCAAGCUUGACACUUCCACAUACAGCUGUGGCGGCAUUUCUUCAGCUAAGAUCAACAAGCAACUACAUGACUUGAUCAUAUGGGCCAAACAGGCAGAGAUACACAUCUCUACUGGGAAAAAGUUAGCUCUUUUCCCCGAGGAGGCUCGUUUUCAGAUUGUCGAGAUGAAGAAAUUUCAGACUGAUAUUUGGUUUAGAAGAUCCAAGAUGCAAGUAGAAGUUGAGCAGAUGAAAGAUGUAGCCUCUGAUGUGGAGAAGAAAGAAAAUGACCAAGUAUUGAAGACAAUUGAAGACCUGUAUGAAGCCAUUUCUGACAGCUUGGAUCAUGUUCUUGACAGCAUGAAGAAAAAUCUGCAGGAGAGGGAGAAACUGUUAUGCCAGCUUGCUAGCAUGGAUGCCUGGCUAGCAGAAACAAAUGCCAAAAGAGACCCCUGUGCUCUUUUUGACAAUGUUUCAAAAGCUGACAUCAGAAAGCUGGAGAGCGAGCUGAAAAGUCACAAAUUAGCCACAGUUGAGAUAGAGAGCCAACUAAAACUGGUGAAAGCAAUGGCAGACAGUUGCGGGGAAAUAGCUGUAUGUUCGAGUCCAGGAGAGAGCCGCUACCUUGUCAACAGACUGUCAGGACUUUGGACAGAAUUAGACGGAUUGCUAGCUCAUGAGAAAGCAACCAGCUGGGAAUUAGAGGAGCUGAUUCAUGAACGAACCACUUCAGAUGAGGAGUUAUCGACGAUCCAGGCUAGCUUAAAGCAAAUCUCCACAGAUUUGGACCAGCAAAGGUUCCCUUUAACACAGGAAACCCUUUCAACAAUUGUACACUGGAAGCACAUGCUAAUGGAGCAUCAGUGUCAAGUGCAAGAGCUUCAGCACUGCCAUGAUGCCAGGCGAAGCUCCCUGCUGUGCACAAUUGGGGAACUGCAAGACCAGUGCAAAGCUCUUAGUAUUAAUGCCAUUGAGCAAGACAAAUAUCUGCACCUGAGGAGACAAAUGGAGGAAUCUAGAGACAUUGCCAAGGAGCAAAUCCAGCGAGCCAAAGAUAAAACAAUCAGUGUGGGUGAGAGGUUCAGACUAUGCCAAACACUCUUGGUCGAACUUCCUUUGGUGAAGACACAGUGCCAAGAAGCAGCGGACCAGUUAGAGGCCAUAGCUCAUGAGUUACACCCCUCUGAGCUGAAUUCAGAGAGGCAGAGGAUUCACCGCAUUGUGGAAACUUUAGUCUCCUGGGAGAAUUCUGUCACAGAUGAUGUCAAAAACCUAGAGACCAAGCUUCUGCUAGGUUUGCAUUUUUCUUCCGAGCUUCCUGCCUUAAUCGAUCUUUUCCUAACAACGAGGGUGGAGCUGGAGGGAACCGAACCAGUAAAUCCAGAUGAAAAAGCCAUAGAUAUUGCACUAAGAAAGAACUGGAUUUUUUGGAGAAAUAUGGAGUCUGGGAUGAGGAUGUUGGAAGGUCUGGGACGAAAAGAAAAAAUGAACUUAAAGAACUACAAGGAACUUUACUCUCUUAGGAAUGCAACCAUGCAGGAGUGCCAUUUACAGAUGGAGAUGUUAUGCCAGGCGAGAGAAUCCUUGAAAGAUUACCAGUGGGCUGCUCAGGGAGCAAUAGGCUUCCUUCAUAAUGCCGAAACCACCUUCUUAUCAGCCCCUGGAGGGUUUUUGGACUGUACUGAGGAGCAAAGACAGACUCAGCAGGCUCUAGAAGCUCUUGAAGAUGGAUUUCAGGCUCAUAUCUGCCACCUUGUGGAUCGGGUGCCCCAACAACCCUGCCUGUCCCGUCCAAAGACUGAGCAGCUCCACAUCAGCAUCCUUAGUCAGCUGUUGGUGGGAAGAGCCAUGCUGGAGGCCCAAGCCCAGCUCAGGCUGGAGUCCUUGCAGAGGUGUCAAAUAAGACAACAAAGUCACAGGAAGUGCCAUGAAGACAUACGUCAGCGUCUUUCAGGGUUUGAAGCCAAGCUUUCAAAAUGUGCUGCAGAACAAGUGACCUCGUAUGACAAAUGUGUAGCCCAACAAAAAGGAGCUACGCUUCUGAUGGAAGGUCUCCGCAGCCUCGCAGGUAAGAUAGACGAACUGAGAGCUGGAUGUCCGAUGCAGGGCUGUGGGGUUGGAAAGGACGGCGAGCUGGGUGCCCUCUGGAGGCGCUGGGUAUCAUUACGCCGUGGUGUCGGCCUCCUGAUGGCACACACAGAACAGAGAGGAGAGGAAUGGAAGGACAUCACUACAAGUAUUGAGCAGUGUUGCAGCUGUUUGGCAAGUCUCCAGGCUGAGGUUCCCGACUCCUCCACCAUGAUCUUCACUCAAGAGGAACCCCUGGAGCUUCUGGCUCAGGCUGAGAUGCAAAAAGCUGGGCUGGAGCAGGAGCAGCAGGCCUUAGCUUCUCUGGCGCAUCGUCUGGAGCACGCCCUGAGCUUAUCUAGUUCCCAGGGGCCCAUCAGCCCCGGACCUGUUGGCAAAACACUAGUGAAGAUCCAAGAGAAUGUCAGAAGCUUGAAAGAGAGAAACCUGCUGGUGGUAGCUGCAGCUCAGGCAGAGGAGAAAGAGAGAGAGCAAGUCCUAGAGGAGAUAGGAGAGUUGGAGAAACACAUAUUUGCCAUUCUUUCCCCACUGGAAGCCUGUUCGAAUCCAGGCAAACAACAGGAUUUGUCCUCCCAGAAGGCCAGACUCCAGUGUAUCGUGGACAGUGUGCAGAGGCGGUACGCUGAGAUACCAGCUGAUAUCAGCAGAAGGUUACAAGAAGUCCAGCUGUCUGUCCAAAGAGAAGAGGAGAAGCUCAUGGAGAAGAGCAACCCAGUGCAGAAGCUGGCUAGUCAAGUGGUGGAGUUGGGUUCUGGCCUGGAGAAUGUGAAAGCGUUACUGGAGCAAAGAAGUCCAACAGUCAAUGACGCUCAAAAUGCACUCAAGCAUGUGUGGGAUGAGCUGGAUGCGUGGCACAGCCGCCUGAUGGUCCUGGAGAGCGAGGUGCAGGAUAUUGCGGAGGAGCACCCUGAUCAAACCCACCUUCUCAUGGACCAACUCACCCAACCACUGCAGCUCUACCAAAACGCAUCGCAGAUGGCCGAGCAACGCACCGCCUUCCUCAGCAAGAUCCCAGCCUGUCUUCAGGAGUUUGAAGACAUUCUAUACAGCGCCACCUGCUGGUUGGAUGAGGCCCAGUCAUGGCUCAGUGCUCCCUGCUCCUUCACAACAGCCAGAGGCCUCCAGAAUCAUGCAAACUCCCUUCAGCUGGUCCUGGACGACUCUGAGAGGAUCAGACACACCCUGCAAGACUUCAGGCCAGUCCUGGAUGAGAUCUCUGCUGUGUGUGACAUCAGCACCCACGAGGAGAGGGUGAACCAGAAUGACCAACAAGUCCACAAAAUGCAAUGCAAGAUCCUAGAGCCACUGCAGCAGCUCAAGCAGACUGCUGUGGUGGUGGAGUCAUUAGAAGCAGAGCUGAAGAUCAUGGAGAAGAAUGUACCGAAGAUCAGAGCAAUUUUAUCCUCUGCCGACAACUCCAGCGUUACUCUGACGGAGCAUCUUCACAACCGACAGGUGAUCCUGGCCAACGUGCAGUCAAUGCGGAGGACAUUGGAGGAGAUGGAAAGAUGCAAAGGAGAGCUUCACCUCCCACAGCCAGCAAAGGAGAACCUGCUGGUUUUCUCCAAAGCCAGCCUGCUGCUGCAGCCGCUUGAGGAGCUGGAACAACUCACCCAGCAACAAGCCACACUGCUGGAGAACAAGAUUAGGGAGGAGGACGAAACCUGUAAGGAUCUUGGCAUGACCGCAGUCUUUGAUACUCCUGAAGAAAUGCAGCUGCUAGAUAGAUGCCUAGUCCAGCAGGAAGCUUUUGAGGUCUCUCAUUCAGAAGAAGAGGAGGAUGAGGAAAACGAGAGUUGUCACUCUUCGUCCUCUGACACACUAACAAGCAGUAUGCCAGAGGACCCAGAGGAAACACUCAACGCUUCAGAUGUGCAACGUGAGGAUGUUACAGAAGUUAAGCCACUAUCAGAAAUGAAGGCGCUGAAGAGUAUGCUUGGUCAGUUUUCCUCUGAAGUGGAGACGAGCUCAAAAGGUGCUGAACCUGGGUUUUCAUCCAUGAAGCCUGGGCUUGAUAGAAAAGAGUCUGGAUUAAUAAAGAUGGAUUCCAAAGUUGGCAAAGCAUUUAGUCCUCAAAGUGUGACAGCUGAGCCACUCAUCACUGCAGCCAUUCCAGCAGCUAAAGAUGAGUUCACUGCUGCUGUCACACUCAGUCAACAUGGAUCACCAAAACAUGAAACCCUUUUAACCGACCCUCUUGCAAAGUCCCUUCCUGGAGCAACUGCAGUGGAAGACACAAAACUGAUUCCUGCAAGACCUAGAACUCCAUUCAUUGGCACAAGAGGAUCUGAUGAGUGUAUAGAGGAAGGGGAUGAACAGCUGUCUUCGUCCUCAGCUCCCAAUCAAGAUCUGGAUACUCUUAAUGUGUUAAAGGAGCAAAGGAAAGUCGGCACCAGUCAUAGUGGUUUGGUGGAAGAAUCCCAACAAGCCCAGGAGUCAUCUGAAGAGCCGAUGAGCUUGGCUGGUCAUGAGGAAGAUGACAAGGAGCAGCUGAGGUGGAGUCGACUUUAUACCCAGAUCUCUCAAAAACUGACCACUUUGAAAAAAGUUAAGGAGGAGCAUCAAAUCAGCUCAGAGGAUGGAGGAACUCAUGAAAAGGACCCAGAAAGGGAGCCGAUAUCGACCGGAUCUGCUUCAGCUGUUCUCCAGCGGACACAUCAGUCCAUCACCAUGCUGAGACAAAUAGUGAACUCUCCAGGUGUAAAUGAGGAGUUGUACGAGGCAGUACGGAAGGUCCUCCUCUGUCUGGAUACUUUGACUGACCUUUUGUUGACUCCUGGUGAAGAUGACCCACAACUGAGGCUGCUACAGCAGGAGUGUGUAUCGACUGAGCUGGUGACUCUGGCUGAGCUGUUGAGUAAAGUGGAGUCAGAGAACAAACCUGCACUUGUGAGAGAAAAACCAGAAGCUCUCCACUGUUUAACCUCACUUCAGGAUUGUCUACACACGGUCCAGCUGGUCUUCACCUCUUCCCACAACCAGCUGAUUGAACAUCUGGGACACACAUACCAACAUCAGGAACUCUCCUCCAACCAGCUGUGUAUUUUGGACGAGUUUGAACUGGGACAAAAUGAGAUGUUCCCCGGCAUAAAGGAUGCUCCUAGUUUGGAGCAGUGUGUGCUGGGCCGACAUCUGAGGGAGAGUCCAGGGGAAAACACCAAGCUACAGCAAGCUUCCCGGUCCUUGCUUCAGGGGAUAACUCGCCUCCUGGAACUGGGUGAAGAAUGCAUAACAGAGGGGCAGAUGAGCCACAUUCACAACCACAGCCAACUUCAAGCCAUUCUCUGCAGACACAAGAAGCUCCUGCGGGUCCUCCAGUCUCAGUUAGCUUUCGUGCAGCACCUGUUCCAACGUGAGCCAGAAGCACUCAAGUGCCAGGAGGAUGAGCGGGUACAGCUGGAAGUCAGAGCCAAAACUUUGCAGCAACAGGCUGUGGAACAGGAAGUGGCUUCUCAAAGGAGGAUCCAGGAGUGGACCCGGUGGGAGUAUAAUUGCGGUCGACUUGGGAGGCUGCUGGAUGAUCUCGAAGCCUUCAUCAGCAGCGGGGAACCAGAGGGAGACGACGAGGGGUUAGCACAGCACCGACAAGAUGCAUUCCAGCAAACUUUGGUCCAGCUGGAUGAGAGCAGAGUUGCUUUAGGACUUCUCCUGGAUCAGGGGAAGAGGCUGCAGACAGAGCCAGAGUUUGCUGCCAAAGUCAGUCACGCAGGUGGCGCUCUGGAGCUGCGAUGGCAGAGCGCCUACAGGUGGACUGAGCAGGAGAUUCAACGCUGCAGAGAUCUCCAGGACAGCCGGGCCAGAUUCCAGACAGAUUUUGCCUCGGUCAGUGAAUGGCUGGUUGGUGCCAACAAACACCAGAAGACUUGGUCAAACCUGGCUGACACCACUGACCUGAACGAGGAGUCUAUUCACAACAAUUUGAUCAAGCUGCUGGACUUCUCCAUGGAGAUUGAAGCCAUGUCAGUGCAGAGGGCGUCUGUUUCCAGGGAAGCUGCUCGGCUGCUCCACCUGAGGGAAGCUGAUUGUCCCGGGCUGAGAGCUCAGCUCGCCCAGCUGGACGGCAACUGGAGCCAGCUGACCUCUGACCUGUCUAAGAUACAAGACCUGCUGCAACAGCGGCUGCUGGCAGCAUGGCCACCGGUGAAGCUGCUGUCUGACCUGGAGGACUGGCUGAAGAAGCUGGAGGCUCGGCUGAACCAGGAGAAAGAAACAGUCCUCGAGGCCAAAGAUGCUGAUCAGAUCACUGCCAUCCUGCAGCACUACCAGGAGUUAAAGGCAAGCAUGGUCAAUGGGCAGCUCCUUCUCGAUUUCUUGUGCCAGUCUGGGCCUCAGGUGGCGGGAGUGGACGUACAGCCUCUCCGCUCCGAACGCACAAUGUUUGCAGAGAAACUCGGCGCUCACAGGCUGCAGUGGCUGCACCUUCAGAGAGAGCUGGAGAGCCAGACUCGUGAAGCUGAACAGAUGCAUCACACUUGUGCAGACAGAGAGAGGCGGUUACAGCGUCUUCACGGCUGGAUACAACAGCAGAAAAAGCAGCUGAAUCAGUGGAACCAGCCCAGCAGUCAAACUCUGGCUCAUAGGGCUCUGCUGGAGUGGGAGGCUGUUGUGGGCAGAGUGAAGGAGGUGGCUGCAGCUUUGCAGGAGUUGAAAGCAACACGAGUGUAUGUUGAAAAGGAAGAGGCUCACCCUUGUGAUAUCUCCUUCUCUGGCCGGACGGAGAGUGUGUGUCAUGCUUGUGUGGAUCUUAGUAAAGAGAUGGAAGCUCUGAGACCAGCUCUACAGCGGACUGUGGAGGAGUGGAGUUGUUUUGAGAGAGAUCUGAGGGAGGUUUCUCUGCACACCACCAGGGUGCGCUGUGCUCUGCUGCAUCAGCCUCUGUUCUCACUGAAGCAGGCAGAAGGACACAUGGACUUCCUCCAGCAACUCCAGGAGAAGGCCGGAAAAGAGGAGGAGCUUUGGGCGUCCAUGGACAAAUUCUAUCAACGCCUUGUACAGAGUCUUCAUCAUGGAACAGCACAGGCGCUGGAUGAUCAAAUGAAAGGAGAAUACAAACGGUGGAAGGACGUGGUGCAGGAGCUGAAGGAUGAGCACAUGAAGACUGGAGAGACACUUUCCCUAUGGCAGGAGUACGCUCACCUGUCUGAUCGCUGCUCCCUUCAGCUGCAAACUCUGUGGCAUCAGUGGGAGGAGCUGUCGACAUCUUCACCUCAGCAGGAGACACAGGCCAUGGUUCGCUCAGUGGAGAAGAUGCAGGACGCUGCUGAGGAUUUGCAAAGCUGUGUGGGAGAUGUGCUCGCAGCUUCCAAGCCUCUCACUGGACGGCUAGAAUCAUUGGCCACAAAUUUAAUCCAAUCAGAUACCAGACUGCUGUCACGUGAUGUCCUGCUGCUGAGCCGGGCAGUGUCAGGGAAAAAGAAAAGUCUUCAGGAGAGUUUGGAGCAACAGAACCUAUUUCAAACUGGACUACUGGCUCUUGAAAAUCACACACAGAGCACACAACAUAAACUUAAGACCAGCUUGAUUGACACAGAAUCUGUGAAGCUGGUUCUCCUGGAAACCAAUGAUCUGUUUCAAUUACUGGUUGACGUAAGUGAGAUUAGUGGUUAUUUGACCCUUAAAAACCAUGAGACGGAGAGACUGCACAUGCUCAGCAGGCAGUGGGUUGAAAGCCUGACUCGUACAUCUGACGUGAACAGAGCGCUGCAGGCUGAGCGUCAGCGCUCCCAGAACUUCCAGGAGAAGUGUAAGAACCUGUCGUCUAUCCAGAAGAAUCUUGAGGAGGAAUCGAUGUGUAAAAAACCUCAAAGUUUCUCCAGCCUCCAAGAGAUGCUGACUGUCCAUCAGAGGCUUGAGGUUGAAAUAAUGAUUGGACACCAGCUUCUGCAGGGUCUUCUCUGCCAUGCAGUCAAGUCCAUGGAAACAGAAACAGGAGAGAAAAGAUCUGAACUCAUGGAACAAGUAACCUGCAUGAGGGAGAGCUGGCUUAACUCUGUGGCUGUGGCUAGCCAGCGCAGGUCCUUGACAAAGGAACAAGUGAGCCAGUUGAGAGUCUACCGACAUGGCUUGAAAGUAUUGUGGAAGCUGUUGAGGGAUGUUGACUCUUUGCUGCCUCCAGCUGGACCUGCUCUGUGUACGCUGCAUCAGCUACGAAGCUACGUGGAUGAUUACCAGUGUGUUAAAGACGCUCUGGGUCUACACUCCCCCGUGUACACCCGGACGCUGCAGGCUGGCAGAUAUUUAUGUGAAACCAUGACAGACUCUGAGUGUCAGAGCCGACUGCAGUCAGAGCUCCAGGCUGUACAGGAGGCCUGGGAACGGACCACCUCACUGCUGGAGAGGAGAAGAGACCUGGUCAGCACAACUGUUCAGAAGUGGUCUCAGUGUCAAAGUGGGAUAACCAGCAUGACUUCUGAACUGGAUGAGCUGAACACCAUGCUGAAACAGCCGCUGCAGGACUCUGAGGGCGAGAAACACAUUCAGGAGACAGACCUCUCUCUGCAGCGUUUGGCCAGUGGAUUUAGGGAAUUGGGCACCAUGAAGACGGACCUGUCUCAGUACGUUGCGGCCGGUGACUCGGCUCUGCUGGAGCAGCAGCUGGAACAACUCCACGGUCAAUGGGAAGAGCUGUGUAUGAAGGUAUCCUUGCGCAGGCAGGAAAUCGCAGACCGUCUCAAUGCCUGGACCAUCUUCAACGACAAGAACAAAGAGUUCUGUGAUUGGCUGACUCAGAUGGAGAACAAGGUGUGCCAACGCGGAGAUCUAAGCAUUGAGGAAAUGGUGGAGAAACUGAAGAAGGACUGUAUGGAGGAAAUCAACUUGUUCAGUGAGAAUAAAAGCCACCUGAAGCAGCUGGGUGAGCAGCUUUUGUUAGCCAGUGACCAGGCCAAGCAGACGCAGGUCCACGGCUCACUGCAGGAGGUCAACCAGCGGUGGCACAACCUCUUCAACCACAUCGAAGCCAGGGUGAAGAAGCUGAAGGAGACUCUGGUGGCGGUGCAGCAGCUGGAUAAGAACAUGAGUAACCUGCGCUCGUGGCUUUCUCGCAUUGAGGCCGAACAGUCCAGACCCAUCACCUACAGCGUCUGUCACCACCAGGAGAUCCAGAAGAGGCUGGCCGAGCAGCAGGAGCUGCAGAGGGACAUUGAGCAGCACACGGAGGGCGUUGCGUCAGUGCUCAGUCUGUGUGACGUCUUGCUGCGGGACGAAGAUGCUGCUGGCGGCACCGAGGCGGAGAGUGACUCCCUGCAGGAAACCAGCCACAGCCUGGACCAGCGCUGGAGGGCCAUCUGCGCCAUGGCUCUGGACAGGAGGCUCAGGAUCGAGGAGACGUGGAGACUCUGGUGCAAGUUCCUCGAUGACUACUCGCGGUUUGAGGACUGGCUCAAGAUGGCCGAGCGCACCGCUGCCAACCCCAACUCUGCAGACGUCCUUUAUACCGUCGCCAAGGAAGAGCUCAAGAAGUUGGAGGGUUUCCAAAGGCAGGUUCAUGAGCGGCUGACCCAGCUGGAACUGGUCAAUAACCAGUACCGCCGCCUGGCCAGAGAGAACCGCACUGACCGAGCCAGCCAACUCAAAGCCAUGGUCCAUGAAGGCAACCGGCGCUGGGACACCCUGCACCGCAGAGUGGCCGCCAUCCUCCGCAGACUCAAGCAUUUCACCAGCCAGAGGGAGGAGUUUGAAGGCACCAGGGAGAGCAUGCUGGUGUGGCUGACCGAGCUGGACCUGCAGCUCACCAACGUCGAACACUUUUCAGAGAGUGACGUCCAUCACAAGAUCCAACAGCUUAAUAGUUUCCAGAAGGAGAUCACCCUGAACACAGAGCGCAUUGACGGACUGAUAGUGUUUGGAGAGGGUCUGAUCCAGAAGAGCUCACCGCAGGAUGCGGCGCUGAUAGAGGACGAGCUGGAGGAGCUGCACUCCUACUGCCAGGAGGUUUUCAGCAGACUGGUCCGCUUCCACCAGCGCCUGAGCCAGCCCCCGAUGAUCAAAGAAGAACCGGAGCUCUCUGGUACCACCUUUUCCUUAGAGUCCAGCUUGGAGCUGAUUGGCCGACCAUGGCUGGGGCGGAGCCAAGGUAGCCUCCCGGCGACACCCACCCACCUGCUGGCCUCUUCGCUGGAGCGCUCAGGGCGCGAGACACCGGUGAGCGUGGACUCUCUGCCGCUGGAGUGGGACCACACCGGAGACGUGGGAGGGUCAUCGUCCCACGAAGAUGAUGAGGAGGAGGAGGAAGAACAUGAGGAUGACAGAACUUUCUUCAGCGCACUAUCAGAGGUGGAGUUGACUGAGAGCCAGGAGGAAUUUGUCGAAGCCCCAGAGGCCCUACAAGCCUCCUCACUGGUUUCAAGCAUGGCCGUACACGAGUCUCCAAUAUGGCGAUCACAGGGAGAUGCAGAAACACAGUCACUCCAGCUGGACUCAGAGGGCCACGCUGAGGUUCCACCCACCCUCACCAGCACCCCUCUAAAGCAGGGCUAUUUGCGUCUGAUGUCUCAGUGCAGCGGCAGCAUUGAGGACAUUAAAAGAGUCUCGCUGAUACUGGAUGAUGAGGAGCAGCCGGAGGAGCUCGGCCUGACAGGACUGACUGCCUCAGACAAACAGUCAGGUGUGAUCGAGCGCUGGGAGCUGCUCCAGGCUCGGUCCAGGAGCGACCUGCACCUCAGCUCUCAGGAGCCCCAGCAUCUCACAUCUGACCUCGACGACAUCACUUCCUGGUUAGAAAACGUGACCCCGGAGCUAGAGCGCCUCCAGCAGUCGGACCCAGCAGCCGGUAUUAAGGACAUGGCAGCCAGAGCCAAAGCACUAAAGGAAAUGCAGAAGAUGUUUACUCGCUACAAGUCCAUCAUGCUGUCCGUCAACCUGCGAGCUCAGGAAGCUCCACAUCUACAGGAGAGACUGGUUGGUAUGAACCGAAACUGGAGCAGAGCGUGUACAGGCCUCCAGCAGUGGGACAACAGUCUGAGGAAGACACUGAUGUGCUGCCAGGAGUUCAAUGAAACCCUCCAUUCUCUGCUGCUGUGGCUGGCCCACGCAGAGAGCAGACGCUACGCAGUGGACAUCAGAGACCCAGACACACCUGUCCGAGCCCUGCAACAACACUGCAGCACGCUCACAGAUCUGCAGAAGGAGCUGCAGGGCAGGCAGAAUCAGCAGGCCUCCCUCCAGGCUCUGUGGUCUCAGCUGCAGCCUGAGGACGAGGCUGAGGAGAGCUACGAAGCCCAGGAGAAGCUCCACGUGACGGGUAACAAACUCAAGCUGCUGCUGAGGCAGGUGGAGCAAGACCUUGGCACCCUCCAACAGCGUCUGGAUCGUGAAUCAGACGUCCAAGGCGCCCCUGUAGAUUCAGAGAAAAGUUCCUCUACUCAAAGAGAGAGGAGGGACUUGUCCCCGCCUCGUUCCUUCUUCCACCGGGUCCUUCGCGCUGCUUUCCCUCUCCACCUCCUCCUUCUGUUCCUCCUGCUCCUCCCCUGUCUGAUUCCCCAGUCAGAGAGUGACCCUGGCUGUACUGGGGCCAACAACUUUGCCCGGUCCUUCUACCCCAUGUUACACUACACCAAUGGCCCACCACCCACCUGAUGGAAAUGUACUUGGGAAGAACAUACUGAGAAACACAAUCCACCUUUUUGUCACACUGAAACAAGUGAACACACAUGUAAUAUUUAUAUGUUAAGCUGAUGAAGUGAUUGUCUUCUAAAAAAACAAAAAAAAAAAGUCCAAAGCGCAGAAAUUGUAUUUCUAUUUUUCAAGAUUUGAUCUGAGAACAGAUUUUAUUUAUUUCACGAACAAAACCACCCAUAUGACUGCAUUUUAAUCAGUAAAAACACCACAUGUAAACAAAAAUGCAGAUAUUUUAGUUUAAUAAUGCAAAGAGCUCUUUGAGAUCUCCCGGUGAGGAGGGACACAGUAGAUGGGGUGUCUUGAUACUUGUGACAGAGGUAAAGCAGCUUACAUACUGUAGCAGUGGCAUCAAAGAGGCAUACAAUAGUUUAAAUAUCCUUCAGCUACUGUAGAAGCCAGCAAACAUAUUCCGUUGCAUAAUAAUGAGGUGGAAAUUAAGAAAGUUCUUUUUUCUUGCUUGAACUUGUGCUAAAAGCUCAAUUUGAUGGUCUACACAUCACCAUCCAAACACAGUAUAAUAGUGUCCAUCAGUAUCAGAUUUUUUAUUUCAAAUGCAUACAUUAUCCUUGUCAUUUACAUGUUAUUUUAUGAACUGUUGACAUUGCAUUUUGACUAACUUGACCCUGCAAACAAAAAGUAUGCUUGAUCUAUUUGUGUGUUAGACUGAAGUUUAUUUUUUACAACAAAAGACACUGGCUCAAUUUGAAUGUAAGCUUUAUAAAGCCAACCGUACAAAAGUUUGGCAGUUUUAUACACACAAUUGUAUAUCCAUAUUUUUUUUUUUUUUUUUAGAUGCUAUUUGUCUCAAGUAGAUUGUGAGCAAACUCCCAGUGCACUGUUGAAACACUGUAGAUUUAGCAGGAUGAUGUGUAUGUACAGAAUGUGAUUAUAUAAUGCUUAUUUAUAACAUCAAACGCUGAAUUUAUGCUCCAAAUCUUCUGGUAGUAAACACUGAUUGUCUUAA